AUGGCGGAGAUAAAGAUGCGUAGGGCUUCUAUUUCCAGUGUUGCUGUUGCUACUAUCCUGAGUGCUGACAAAAUGCGGAUUAGGAGUGUCCUCUGCACUGUGUUCAAGUAUCUCAGGUGCGUCUUGUCUCGAAGCGGGUCGUGCCAGACUGUUGACGCUAGACUUUGGCAAAACCCAUCGAUGGGUCCAACUGUAAGAGGAAACAGCCAGAUUUUGCAGCUGCCGGAUAAGAGAACGGUUAGGAAGCGAAUCCCGGCACAAAUGCCUCCUUUUGCCUCGCUGAUGCUAAAAGUUGGCCCUGUUGAAGAGGGACUGACCGAAACUCAGGGCACUCAGUCUUCCGCUCACUCCGUGCUCAGUGAUCGCCCCACGCUGCUCAGGGCGUGCUCAGGUCUACUAAGUGGGCACUGA